GCAUCCUUCCUGCGGACGGCGGUGGAUAUCUCCAGCUCCUGCACGGGAGUCUACACCGCGGAGACGGCAGCGGCGAUUCUAGAAAGGACUCUGAACUUGUCUGGGCUCCUGCCCUUUACAGUGCACCUUCGGAGCUUGCGCUGCUUUGAACUGGACAGCAGAUGUAGACAAGCGAUCGUGGACAACCACCGCUGGAUCAAUUCCUGGUCUGACAGGACAUGGGUCAUGCCCCAUGUGCACGGGGAUUUGCUGUUACAAGUGCCGGCGAAGGCCAGGACUUCCCAAGGCGGCUUGUUGCACAAGGCUGAGGUCGUCAAGACAGCAAAGGUUUACAAGAAACAGUGGUGCUUCACGCACCAGAGUUACUGCUCCACAGCGCGGCGCAGUGAUGUUGACUUCAGCGGCAUGCCUUGUCAAGAGAACUCGAAGGCAAACGUUCGCAGGAGGUUCCUUGACGGCCGCUUUGCAAACGUGUAUGCUGUGUGGGCCGAAGUCCACAAGCGGCAGUGCACUCCUCUCGUCAUUCUCGAAAACACACCAGACAUUCCUCUGGACCAAGUGAUCAAGCUUUUCGAGCCGGACUACCGCGCCUACCAGAUUUUCCUAAAACCUGGCGAUUUGGGCCACGUGGAGUGUGAGUACCUUUACGACCUCUACGCAGUGCUUGAGAAGAUCAAGCAAAAGAUUUCGAACAACGUUCGCACGACUCCUGGGGACUACUUGGUCUCCACACCCGCGGCGAAGCAUCUUGUGAACGCAGAGAUGGCUCGCAAGCGCAAGCUGCAGCACGACGCGGACACGACCUGUGCUUGGUACCUGCUGAACGAGCGCGAGCAGCUGCUGGUGGAACAGUUGGACAGGGACUACCUGGCGAGGUACCAGCGUCUUCCUGCAAGCGACCCAGACCUAGUUUAUUUUUUGGGUGACCGAUACGAGUUCUCUAGGACGUGGAGCGCUCCGAGCAACUCCUUGCCUACGUUCCGACGGAACACAGGGAAGUUUCUGCACAGGCAAAGUUUGACCUUCCUUUGCCCGCAAGACAAGCUCGCAGCACUGGGGUGGCCCAUGACACUGGGCACCGCAAACGAGAUGGGGACCACACCUUUUCCUGCCUUAGAUCCACAUCGAGCGGACGAGAUGGCAGGCAACAGCAUGCAUCUGACUUGCGCUGCUGUCGUCCUUAUGCUCGGCUUGGCUUGCUUCGGCAGACAGAAGCAGAGCGCACGCCGCGCCUCAGGUUUCACCUGCGCAGCACCGCUGCGGUGCUCGGAGCAUCCGUGA